CCAACAUACAUACAAAAAUACUUACAUUUGGUUUUAUCACAUCCAGAAUUUACUCUUAUCAACAUAACGUCGACCAUUUCCAAAGAAAGUGUAUGAUAACUAGUACUGAAAUAUUCGGACUUCUUAGCGUAUUUAGCUGGCUUUGCGCCCAAAUACCGCAAUGUUAUAAAAACUACAGGCUCAAAUCGAUAGAAGGCCUCAGCCUGGAGUUCAUCGUAAGCUGGCUCAUAGGCGACCUAUUGAAUGUGGUAGGAUGUAUAUUUUCCAACCAACUGCGAUUCCAAUUGGUCUUGUCUAUCUGGUUCGUUUUUGUUGAUAUUAUACUCACACAACAAUAUAUCAGCUACAAGGACACUCAAGAUGAGAGAGGUAGACCUGUAACAAGGAUGCUAACCCAUAGACAGACAGUCUCUCUGUCUAUCAACCGCGUAGCAACCAGACCACCCUUGACGAACAAAGGAGCUAAACGAUCACAAACACAUUCCGUACAAAGAACAGGAAGGAGUACAAGUAGAAGCAGGUCUAUUGCUAGCCUGCUGAUCCUCACAAUGACUUUAGGAGUUAGUGCAGCACCGACUAUCACACCGUCACAAGUCAAUAGCGAGAUAAGUGCAACUGUGGGCAAAUUGAGCUCGUGGGCUUGCGUCACUUUCUAUUUAAGCAGCAGAAUGCCACAGAUAUAUUACAAUUACCAGAGGAAGUCAGUUGAAGGAUUGUCGGUUUACCUUUUUAUCUUUGCGUUACUAGGCAAUUCAUGCUACACAUUGUCCAUAAUGACUUCACCGCAGCUCCACCAAUCACGUCCACUGGCUGUAGAAUAUCUACUGAAGUCACUUCCGUUUCUCAUAGGUUCAUUCGGAACAAUACUGUUUGACAUCAUAAUUAUAUUACAAGUUAUCAUAUACAAGAACAACUACACAUCAGAAGAGCGACAACCAUUAUUAUAAGACUAUACCAUCACACCAGCACAUCAUUUGCAAUACCACUUUGUAAAUUAUGUAUAAAAGUUUAAGACAGAGUUGAUAAACAGAGUAGAAAUUGAGUAAUUUACAGAUCAGUGUUCUCUUGCGGGUCAUCAAAGUUGCGUUUUAUGGAGACUAUGUAAAACAAUCAUGUCAUACAGGUGAUGAACUCGAACGUGUCGGAUUUUGGGAAGUACCAGAACACCAAAGCAAUGAUGAGGUAACUACCAAGUAAGACACAACCACUCAACCAAUGACUUCUACCAUCUUCGAUAGCGAAUCUUGCUAACAAGAUUGAUAAAAAUAGUACGACUGUUUCCAUUGGUUCAAAUACUAGAGUGAGUGGUUUCGAGAUGAUCCAAGCGAGUAGAACAAUUAGUGGAAUGACAACUAGAUGGAGAUAAGAAACAAACAGGGAAGUUCUACUAUUAACUUACAUAUAGCGAUCUGAACGGUAGAUCCCAGAGCGACGGCCAAAGCCAGUUCUUGCUUUCCUUUAGCGGCAGCAAUAACAGCUGUGGCGUGCUCCGCAGCAUUGCCAACUAUUGGCAAAAUGAUUAGCGAGAUCCACUCCUUGGAUGCGCUUGUACUAUCUGCCAAACCUUGUAUUGAAUCUACUAGUGCUUCACAUGUAAAGUAUAAUAAUAUUGUCGUUAUAAUCAAAAUUGCAAUACUAGUCCCAAUAUUCAACCUAGGAUGUUCAACUUGACGUUUGUUGUCAAUGCGUGGCGUUUCAUCGCACUUUGUUGAACCGGAGUAGGUUGAUGUUGAAGUCAUGAGCGGCGUAGCUAUAAUAGGGGCAGUUCUAGCCCUUUUUAAUUGCGGUCGUUUGAAGCCAGCUUCUAAAUCGUCAGAUAAUGAAGUUACAUGUGCUUGCGUUGUGCUAUCUGGAUGAGUUGGAGAGAUUAAACCAUCAUCUUCAACGUGAUCCAAGAAUUCUUCUUGAUGGGUAUAAAAGGUGAAAGUCAUAUAGCAUAAAUAAAUAAAUAUCAGAAUGAUAGAUGUACCUCUAGACAUCUGUAAGAUAAAAGACUUUUCCGAAGUAGGAUUUUCUGGAAAUUUAUCACCGAGGAUUGUAUGGAAUGCUAGGGGGAUCAUGAGGGACAUUACUGAUAACAUCAAUAGGCUGGUAUUGAGUGAUGCGGGAAGUUGUUUGAAAGACUGUUGGCUGAACUUUAUACCGCCAGCAAUGAAUGACAUUCCAAGCACGAGGAGAAUGUUGGAAAGUAAACCACCGAGUAAAGAAGACUGAACUAUAGAUAAUUCACAUCUAACUAAAGCGAGUACUGCGAUGAUAAUUUCAACUAAAUUUCCAAGCGUGGCGUUGAGCAAACCACCGAGGGGUACUGACGUACGCAAGGCGAUCUCUUCAGUGCCAAAUGAAAGCAAAGCGGCUAAUGGUACGACACCAAGUAUGGAGGUGACGAAAGUACCGAUAUCGGUGAUGUGUAUUUGAUGAAGUGCCCAGCUAAUUGGAGCUGAGAUUAAAAGAAUGUUGAGCCAACUGUAACAGAUAGUAUUUCUAAUAGAUUCGACGUAUCCUGGGACUGGUGCCACUGGAUAUGCAGGUGUGAUAAACGCUCUAAAAGUAAGAGGUCUACGGAAGGGCGAUGACGAACUACUCGGCGGUUUGAGAUCGUCGUCGUCGCUGUUUAAUUGCUUGUCGUUAUUACUACUACCAUGCGAGUUGUUUCUCUUGAAAAAGCCUGAGAUCAUGAACGUAUGUGAGAACUGUUCUGCUGUC